AUGGAACGGAAGCAAGAAGAUAUGCCACGGCCGGAUGGUGCCAGCAGCAACGGCGAGGCCACGGUGCAGCAGGGUGCAGACAAGGAGAAGCGACCACGAGAGGCCAGCGGCACGGCAGCUGCCGACGAAGGUCGCAACGCUCCCGCAUCCAAGCGUCAGCGUUCCUCGCGGAGCCCUGAAGCUCGUGAGGGUCCCAGGGAGAGAGCCGACGUCGGGCAACAAGGCCCCAGCGGUGCCGAGCGCAAGGGCCGGAGUGAGCAUCGUAGUCGAAGUCGGAGCAGAGAGCGAGCUCGCGGAAGCAGAAGGCGCGAGCGCAGCCGCAGCCGAGAGGGUGGAAGGCGAAGAGGGGGACGAAGGGAUCGGGACAGAAGCCGCAGUCGAACCAGGAGCCGCAGCAGAAGCAGAGACAGAUCGCGACGCAACGACGAAAGGCGUAGCAGGGACAGGAGCCGCAGCAGGGAGAGAAGGAAAUCGUCUCGACGCGGUGGGGGCGGAAGGAGUAGGAGCAGGGAACGCAGCCGAUCCCCGUCUCGAGAACGGAGGAGGGAACCGAGGAGGGACGAGGGCAGCAGCAGCAGGGCGAACAAGUGGGACCCCGCUCCCGCUGCGGCCGUGCCGUCUGCGCCGAGACCUCAGGCCCUUAUGCGCACGCCCGCGGAGCUCAUGGCGGCGACCCAGAUGCAUUUCGCGCAACUGCGAGCAGGAGGUCUUCUCCCCAACCACCCGGUGGCUGGUAUGCAGCUGGCCAACAUGCACAACCUGCUGGCCGGCCAGCAGGCGUCACAACAGCCCAAGACCCAGUCGGCGGAACACAAGAAAAAGCUCCUCUGGAGCGGCAAGAAGACGGAGACCGCACAGGCCACUUCGGCAACGGCCACGACGUGGGCGAACGCUGAUCUUGGCGAUGCUGCGAGAAAGGAAAAGUUUCUCAAGCUAAUGGGCGCAAAGAAGAAAGAGAACGAAGCUCUGCUGCAAGCACCGCCGCCUCCGCCAACGGAAGCCGCGGGACCGGGCCAGGACAAGUUGUUUCAGGAGCUGGAGAGGGAAUUCAUGGCGGGCAUCGGCCAAGGCACGUCGGCCAAGGGCCUGGGCUUCAACUGGUAG